ACUAAGAAACGAAGGCAUCGCAUGUGUCAGGUCUGGAACAGGAAGAGGUGAAACAGGAAGACAAACUUUCUCUGAGCAGAAACUCCCCCCUCCGUUAGCGUUUGGUUAAUUUAUCGGAGACAAAGAUGACCUUACAGUGGACUGCCGUGGCUCUCUUCCUCUAUGUAGAAAUAGGCGUCAUCCUCAUCCUCUGCUUACCCUUCAUCUCAGCCAGAAGAUGGCAGAGCAUCUUCCAGCUGAGAAUUUGGAACUGGAUGGCUAAAUUCUGGAACAAAGUUUUUCUCACUAUGAUCAUAAUCCUUAUUGUUCUCUUUCUGGAUGCCGUUCGUGAAGUCAGGAAAUACUCAAGUAGAGAGAUUGGCACAGAUGCAAAGGUUCAACCAAACAUGUUUGACCACCUGCACAUGAAGCUUUUCCGGGCUCAGAGGAACCUCUACAUCUCUGGUUUUGCAGUUUUUCUCUGGCUGGUUAUGAAGCGAUUGAUCACUUUAAUUAACCAGUUAGCGGCUGUGUCUGGGACAACAGCUGCUCUCCAAACUCAGGCUGAUAACGCUAAUAAAGCCGCAGAGAACUACAAGAAAGAUAACGAGCAGCUGAAACAGACCCUGAUGGAAGGAGUGGGUGAUAAGGCAACAGCAGAGGGCAUGGAGCUGUUGAGAAAGGAAGUGGGGAAACUGAAAGAUGAGCUGAAAACCUCUGGUGAAGCCUUGAAGAAAUCUCAGUCAGAGGCCGAUGAAAUGAAGGUGAAGAUGGAAGGACUCGGCCGGGAGUAUGAGAGGCUGCUGAAGGAACAUCAGGACCUCCAGAAUCGGUACGAUGAUGGGAACAAAAAGGACGACUAGUGGCGAUGGUGCAACUUUCUCAAAUCAUCAAGAAAGCCGUUAAAACACAUGGCAUCCAUCCAGUAUGCUGUCACCGUUUACGUUAUUAAAGCUGGGUUGGAUUCUCUAAAGAGGAAACCUUAGACUAAUAUUAAAGGUUUACACUUGGGUGAAUAUUUGUUUUUAUAGUUAAAUGGUUCUUCAUAUUUCCUCUCUAGCAUAAGUAAAACAUUUUUAGCUGAAAGCAAUCAGCCAGCACAUUAUGCAGGAUGAAGGGGAUAGUUAUUUGAUCACAGAGCGCAUAACGAGUUAAAUUAAGAUGAAUGCUUUCCAGUUGGAGUUGAUAAUUCAAGCCCUUCACACAGAUCAGCGUGCGUUUGUAAAA